AUGAAGGCCAACGCCACUGAUGCCGAGAUAAAGCAUGCUUUAUGGUUACAAGAGGUGGCAACGUUGGCACACGAAGCUGGGGUAAAUGGACCGGUUCCACAAGGGUUUUACCCACCAUGGUUAUUACAAUCAGAUUAUGUUGAACAUAAUAGACAAUUGUCGAUGUAUAUCAUCGAUAUCGUAUUCUUUAUUUUGGCUGUCGUCAUGGUCAUGAUGAGAAUAUACACAAGAGUCUUCAUUGUUAGAAGAUUUGGUCUCGAUGACUGGUGUAUAGUUAUGGCUCUCAUUAGUGUUGCAGGCUUCACUGCCUUGCAGUUUUGCUUCUUAAUAUAUGGCGGUGUCGGAUACCACAUCUGGGAUGUUACUCCGGAGCAACUCAACUACUGCUUCAAGUUCAUCUACUUCCACUUGAUUGGAUAUACUUGGUCCAUAACCUUGAUCAAGAUGUCUAUUCUCUUCCUUUACGAGCGAAUCAUCCCAAAGACCCACUCGAUGCGCAAGGUUCUCACAGGGUUCAUGAUUUUUCAAAUCGUCUACUUCUUCGCCUGCGAAUUGACUUUCAUCUUCCAAUGCAACCCGAUCGAGGGAGCUCUCGACUUCAACUACCGAAUCUAUAAGUCACCAAAGUGUAUUCCUCUCAAGCCUAUGCUUUAUUCUUUCGGUAUCAUCCAUAUUUUUGUCGACCUCUCGCUACUUAUCCUGCCCAUCAGGGUUAUCUGGGAGCUCCAAAUGCCCGUCAAGCGCAAGAUCAGCACCCUUUCUCUCUUUGUCAUCGGUGCUAUUGGAUGUAUCUGCGCUAUCAUGAGAAUCGUCACUCUCUCCACUCUUCUCAACGGAUUUGACUUCACAUGGGUUAUCUACGAGCCAGGCAUGUGGGGUCUUCUUGAACUUACCAUUGGUAUCAUCUGCGCCUGUAUCCCACCUUCCAAGCUUCUCUGGGAACAAAUCUUCUGCAAGUUUACCGGAAAGAAGUUCAAGCCCUUCGGCAGCACCGAACGCGAAAGCGACUACAAGAGCGGUGCUUCCUCCAUGCCAUACGGAAAGGGUUCUCGUGCUCGCAGCCCUGCUCCACAGAGUGGCCUUGGAUCGAUCAACAAAAGUGUUCUCAUGUCCCAGACAUCGGAGCGCAUUGACUCAAUGAUCGUAUCUAAACUCGGACCUAUCCAACCACAGAUCACCACCGUUGUUGAGGGACCAGCUGAUGAGAAGCGUCCAUCCUAUGACGUUUCCCGAUUUGGAAAGGAUGGCAAUACCAUGCAGGUUCCAACUACUGUUGUCAUCCCACCUACCCCUCUAGAUGGCACUGGUCCAAGCUUUGGCAGGAUCGCAACAUUGGAUGAGCUCGAAGAUCCAGAUAAGAGACCUGCACUCCUUGCAGGCUCCGGCACAAACGAUCUUGAGAAGAACUUGGAGCACGACCUCGAAAAAGGAUACUUGGAGGAGAGACCAUCGAGUGGAUUCUCCGAGAACUCCGACCUAUCUUUAGACGAAAAACCAGUCAAGGGCGAAGAUAUGGUAUAA